UUAUUCCGAAGUAUUAGAAACAAUGGAAUUCAUCAUCCAAUCAUUUAAAAAGCGGUAAAUUUAUCCGAAAACAUUAUCAUGGUUCCUUAAAAUUCAUAAAGUUUACUUUCAGUAAAUAAUUCAAAUGCAAGCAUUUUGCUUAUUAAUUCAUGAUAAGAUUGUAUCGUUAUAAAAUCAAUAAUCUCUAGAGAAAGAAAGAAUAUCACAACCGAAAAAUUCGAUACAAAAACGAGAACUGCAAAUGGAAUGAAUUUAUUUGGAGGAUAUUUUCAGCUUGCACCGGUUAGAACGGAAAUAGGCAUUGUAGGCUUUUUGGAGGGUUGUAAACAUACAUACUUCACCUUUUUUAAAAAUUAAAUAUUUUCCUAGUGCUUCUUAUUAAAAUUUGGUGUAUAUAUUUCCAUCAUGAUUGGUUCCCAUGUUGGUUAUGGCAAUGGAUUUUGUCAUUUGAUGUUUGGAGAAUUUCUUAAAGAAUCAGUUCCUCUCUGAAGUCCUGAUGAUAAAACAGGUGUAUAUGUACUCGUAUGUAUAUGUGGUAUCUAUAGUUCCCAUGGAGUUACAAUGGUCACUUGAAUCUCUUACUCUUUUUCGCGACACAUUUUUUCUCAACAGAAAACAUUGUUGAGAUUGUUGCUGGCAACAUAUUACCAUAGAAAUUUGAGAUUAUAUUUGUCAACUAAGUAGCACAAAAAAAAAAAAAAGAAAGAGAGAGAGAAGAAAAGUAACAAAAAACAAAACAAAACAAAUAAAAAAAAGCAUUUAUUUAUUUAUUUAUAUAUUGAUCCUAAAUCACCAAUUUUUAUGUUACUCAUAUUUAUUUAUUUAUUUAUUGAUGUGAUCAACAAUGGUUGUAAUUCAAGAGUUAUUCCUGUGAAAUGCUCAAGACAACUUGCUGAAGAAAAAAAUUAUUUAUUUAUUUAUGAUUCUUUUUCUCCAAAAUAUAUUUUGGAACUAGAUGUUUCUCUUUAUAAUUUAAAUUGUUUUAAAUGAAUGAAAUGAAAUGGUGUAAAAAUGGCAUCUUCUCCCAAGAAAAAGGUUUCCAUCAAAGCAGAUGAAUCUCCUCGUUUGUACAAAUGUACGUUUUGUACCAAGACAUUUAAUGUCCAUGGAAAUUUGAUUAAACACACACGUACACAUACUGGUGAAAGACCGUUCAGGUGCUAUAUCUGUGAAAAAGCUUUUGCUAAUCCUAGCAACCUCACACGUCAUAAACGCUUACACACAGGGGACAGGCCAUAUAUAUGUACAUUUUGCCAGAAGACUUUUCGUGCAUCAUCAAAUCUAAGGGAACACCUGAAAAGCCAUCUUGGGGAUUCAACUUUUACCUGCCAACAUUGUGAAAGCUCGUUUACUGUUUUUGCUGAGUAUAGUUUACACAUGGAGGAACAUUUUGAAACGGCUUCUCGUCUGCUCUUUGGUAGCUCUACAAUGGCACUGUCUUCUUCAGUAUCUCAGAACACUUUUGAGAAAAAAGAGAAGAGAAAUAAGACAUUGAAAGAGCCUUCCUCAUUAAGUUAUGUUUCCCCUGAGGGUGUCCAAGAAGAGAGUUCAUCAGAUUUGAAGAGUAAUCACGUGGAAAGGAAUUUGGUAAAAGGUGAUUGCAAGAUGCAGUUAGAUUUAGUUAUUCCAGAAGAUUCCAAUUUAUUGAAUUCUCAAAAAGAUUUACUUUUUAGUGUUGAAAGUAGCCAGAACAACAACAGUUGUUCUGAUGUGUCUCUUCUUUCAUCGUCUAGUUAUCAAGAUAUGGAGGUAAAAACUAAUGCAAAUCUUCAAUAUUCAGAAGAAAAAGAUCUCAUCACUAAAGUGCCUGUUUCCAAAGAAGGCAUGGAAAUGGUAAACUAUCUCUCAGAAAACUUUAAUGAAUACAAGGCUGGUACUUGUAUUGAUAUUGUAGAUCUUAAUAAAGAACCUCAGAUUCGACAGCCACCUACAUUGUCUGAGAUAGACUAUCAGACUGUUGGUUCCAGCAAAACUAACUUGUUGACUGGUAGAUCAAAAGAGAAACAGUGGAAUUUUUGCUCAACUGAAGAGGAUCAGUCAGCUUUGGAUAUUUCUAAGAAAGAUCUGGAAAAUUUGUCAGAAAAUGUAAAUUCUGGAUAUUGCCUUGAUUUCAGGGACGAAUCAACAUGCACAUUAGAUGAGCUUUCACACAAAUUAACACAGUGUUUCUACUGCCAGAGAAUAUUCAGUUCUGAUGAUCAAAUUAAAGACUGUGAUGAUUCCUCUAAAGAUCAUCCAUGUUGUGGAACAUGUAAUAAGACUCAAACAGGCAGUGCUUGGUUGUUGUCAAAUUCUACCAGUGUCAAGAAAUCGUUCAAAUGUUUGUUUUGUCAGAAUGAAUUUACUGAUUCAAUUGAACUUAAUCAGCACUCUUGUAUCAUGGAUGUUAAUGAUAAAAGGUACAAUCAAUAUUUCAAGAAUUCAAAAUCAACAACAGAUUGUUUUGCAAAAGACAGUAUAAAAACUUCAACUAGUUUUAUUGAUUCUUGUUUUGAAAAGGUUUUGCUUGAAAAUCAAAUGGAUAAUGCUCUAAGUUCGAAGGACAUCCAGUUAGAUAAUGUACUGAACAUCAGUACAGUUCAGAUGGAUAACAUUCACGGUGGCAAGAACAGCCAGUUAGGAAUUGUUCAGAACUGUAAAAACAGCCAGUUGGAUAGUACUGAUGGCGCAAAUGAUAUCCAAUUAGAUAGCAUACAAAGCUCAAUUUUGGAUAACUUUAGGGAUAUCCAACAUUUGAAUGCACUGAGUGAAUCAAAUAAGCACUCAGAAUCAUCUGUUAAAGAUUUGUCUGCACCAGAGAACUUCUAUAGUUUGAUUAAAAAAGGUAACAUGCUUGAGGAAAGACUUCACAGUACUGCCACAAAAUAUUUGAAAGAAACAGUAAAUUCUCCAAAAUCAGGUGAGGAUAGUGAUAAGGAUUCUGAUGAUGUAAUCAUUGUUAAUGACAUGUUGCAAACAUUAUCAAACAAUGAGAAGAUUAUUCAAGAUAAGGAUACCAGUAGUGGUUUUAUUUUUGAUAGGGUACACUCCCCGGCUCAGAAUCUUAACUAUGACAGCAUACUUUUAUACAAAUCUUCCAAAAAUUUAAAUUCCCAUGCUGAAAUUCAGGGUACUGAAAAUAAUUUAACUAAUUUUACCUCAACUCAAAUUUCUGGCAAGAAACAGAAAGAAACAUUAAAUAAGAAAAAUAAAUUGAGUAUAACUGGUUUAGUAAAGAAUGUUAGCACUAAACAUGACAAGAAAUUCAAAACAGAAUCUGUAUCACAUCCAAAAAUUCACAAGUGCCGCUAUUGUGAUAAAGUCUUCACUGUUCAUGGGAACUUGAUCAAACACAUACGUAUCCAUACAGGAGAAAAACCAUUCCAAUGUGCACUUUGUACUGCGGCCUUUGCUAACCCAAGUAAUUUAACUCGUCAUGUACGAAUACAUACAGGAGAAAAACCUUACAAGUGUACUUAUUGUGAUAGGAGUUUCCGAGACUCCUCAAGCUUAAUGAGCCAUCAUCAAACCCAUCUAAAAUAUCCACUGAAAAAUUUUUCUCGCAAUAAGAAACCUUCCAAAAAUGCUUCUGCAAAACCUAGCCUGAAAAUUAAUCACAAGCAGAAAAAAAAUGUUGAUGAGAAAAUUGAAAAAACCCUUUCUUCUUCAAAAGUUAAUUUUGAUAGCAAUAAUGCCAAAUUAUUCUGGCCUCAAGAAUUGUCUUCGAUGCAUGUGAAAGGAAAUAAUGGUUUGAAGAAGCAGAGGAAAAGCAACCAGUUAGAAACUGUUGAUUUAGAUUCUUUUAGUGAUACUGAAAGUAAUGAAAGAAAAGUAGCUGUUGGUCCUAAUAAACUAAUACCAGAUAAAAUUGAAAUGUACAAAAGUAAUAGUAGUAGUAGUACUACUACUAUUACUACAACUGUAACAACUGCUACUGAUGGUGGUAAUGAAAAUUCAGUAAAGCUUAAUGAGUCCCAAAGGCCAGGUGGUCUUAGUACGAGGCUUAGAAAUUAUUCUCCUAUUUUAAUUGAAUGUAACUCGGAAACUCCUGAAGAUUUAAAGAAUGGAAAUGAUAAUUCAAAUGGCUUCAAAACUGAUGAAAUUCUUAAGCAGUCAGACUUCAAUGGUUCUACCAAAAUUAUCAAUUCGACUAGUUUAGAUGCUGCAGACAAGAAAAAAUGUUUGAGAGCUCAAAAUAAUAGUGUGGUUCUAAAACCUACAGAUCUCAAUGGUGAUAAAAAUGUUAAAUCUAAAGGACGUCGGUUACACACAUGUAUUUACUGUAGCAAAAGUUUCACAGUCCAUAGUAAUCUUAUCAAGCAUAUACGCAUACAUACUGGUGAGAAACCAUUUAAAUGUCAGCUCUGUGAAAAGGCUUUUGCAAAUCCAAGCAACAUGACUCGUCAUCUCCGAGUUCAUACAAUAGAACCUUCUUAUAAAUGUACAGCAUGUCCUCGUACAUUCCGUGCACCAAACAAUUUGAAAGUACACAUGAGUCUUCAUACACAAUCAAGUACUGUACAGAAAGUUUGUUUCAUCUGUCAAGCAGUGUAUGCUCGGAAAAAAGAAUUGGUAAAUCAUUUAAAAAUUCAUACUACAAUGGAAAACACAGACUAUUCUAAUGAUUUUAAUUCUGAUUCAAACGAAUGCCUGAGUAUAUCCUUACCAUCUCCACAAACCCCAAAUCCUCAGAGCAUUCAAUUUCCUUUUAUUAAACAAGGAUUCAUGCAGAAAACUCAGUCAGGUUGUAAUUCUUCCCAGCAUGAUGAUGUUGUUGAGGUUUCUAAAGUUAAUGUGGCUUCAAAUAGCCUUGAUUUAGCCAGUCUAAACCUAAAAAAUAUACCAAGUAACAAAUCAAGCUCUAAAUUAUCAGGUCCUUCUGUGAAACUACAUAAUUCUGAUUCUUUAGAGGUAAAUCCAAUGGUUAAGAAGGUCUUUUCUGAAGGUUUUCCCCAAAGCGAUGAAUUCUGUGAGCUUCCUGAAAAUCUAAAUGCAUCAAAUGCUGGAAACGAACAUUUUCUCUCUCAAAGUCCCAGACCAGGUUUGACAGUGAUGGAUUCAAAUGAUAAUUCUAAAGCAAGUUAUUCUGAUGUUUGUGUUGAAAAUGUUGAAGAUGAGGAAUCUAAAAUAUAUAAUGAGAGCCCUGUAAAGCUGUCCAAAUCUGAGCAGGUUAUACUGAUUGAAGAGAGAUUUUCCAAAGAAGAUUUCUUAACUUUACCUUAUGGGAAUUCUCAUAUUGAAGUUGAAAAUGCAAGUAGCAAUUGCAAUUCACCUUAUAAAAAUGAAGAAACCAGUGUAAAUAUUCAAUCAUUAUCUUCAGAGAAUGAAAUGCACAAUAGUUCUGACUUUGAGAUGAAAUCCACGAAACGUAAAGCUACUAAACGAAAAACUCAUCGUAAACAGCAUAGUUGUAAAUUUUGUGGCAGAGGUUUCCCUUCUCGAUGCAACUUAAUUAAACACAUACGGACACACACUGGAGAAAAACCUUUCAGAUGCAAGUGCUGUCGAGCCUCCUUUGCUAAUCCUAGCAAUUUAACUAGACAUGUUAGAACACAUACAGGAGAAAAACCGUACCCAUGUCCUCAUUGUCCUAAAUCAUUUCGGGCAUCAUCAACACUAAAACAUCAUAUAUAUACACAUGCUAAAUGUAAUUCAUACAAAUGUCGCUUUUGUUCUAAAGUAUAUUCCAUUUUUAGUAAAUUCAAACUGCAUCUUUUAACUCACACUAAAUCUGCCAAAUCCAAAUGUAUUGUUGAAGAUCAUUCCAUACCUUCUCAAGCAUUUCUACCUCCAGUUUCAAAAUCUGUAGAUAAAUCAUCAAAGAAAAUACCAGAAAAUGCCUCGGAUCUUUCUGAAAGCUCUCACCAUAUCAAUAGAUAUCUGCUUGAUCAAGAACUGCAACCAUCUCAAGCUAGUUUUAUCAAGAAUGAAGAAGUAUUAGGGUUUAAAAAUAGUAAAGAGAUAGCUUUCUCUGAUGAAGUUGAAACCAGUGCAGCUCACAAUGAUUUAUCAAAGAACAACUUAGAUCAUUAUUCUUUCUUCUCAGAAAAUGCAGUUUCUUCUUAUGCAGGCAAAAGAACUGGGGCCAAAAAACAGAGGCGCAGAGCAAAAACAAAUAGCAUUGAACUCCAUGAAGCUGAGAAUCAAAGUUCUUUCUGGUCUCAGUUUCCAAGUGAAACUUCUACACCUCGUAAAAGGAAAGCAAUUCACAAGUGUAAUUAUUGUGAGAAAGCCUUCACAGUGUCUAGUAAUUUACGGAAACACGUACGCACUCACACAGGAGAAAAGCCAUUCAUGUGUAGGUUUUGUUCCAGACCUUUUGCUAAUCCUAGUAAUCUUAUUCGACAUGAACGCAUCCAUACAGGUGAAAAACCAUACAUAUGCAAUUUUUGUCCACAACAUUUUGCUGCGUCUAGCAGUCUAAAAGAACAUAUAAAGAGACACACAGCAGUAUCAGGAAAUGAUGAUUCUCUCCUUUUAGCUGACAUUGACAUACCAACUUCUUAUGGCAUGAAACAGAGUGCUGUAAGUGUUGUAACAGAAAAUGAUCUGCUCCAUAACAAGACUGCUGAACUCAGUGCCAAUAUUAAAUAUGAAAACGAUUAUUCUGAAUCAGAGCAAGAGAUUAUAGAUGAUUGUUUAAAUGUAAACACAUGUGCUUUAGAGUCGACAGAAUGUUCUUCAGCCGAAACAGAGAAGAAUAAUGAAAGCCCUAAUAUUAUACAUAGUGUACUCAAUCCUUUGACUGUUGUCAGUGACAGUAAUUUAGCUAUAGAAAAUAUUAAACAGGUGAGAUAUAAAGAUGGACAGAUUAAUGGAGAAAACCUUGCCGGAGAUGUGUCAUCAGUAUCUUUGACUCUUCGCCAGGGAUUAAAAGAUACCGAGAAAGGUAUAAAAUUUGAGGAGGAGCAGGAAAACUCUUCUUGCCAUCCUGAUAAGGGGUCUAAGAAUUUGUCCAAUGUUAAUGACAAUUCAGAUAUUUCCAAUUCUGAUUGCAUUAUUACAUCUAUGGAUGCUUAUAGUGAUGGUCCAUCUAGAAUGGCUGACAGGAAUUUUGCAGACAGCUUUCAUAAUAAUAGUAAUACUAAUAAUAACAAUCGUAAUAAAACUGUUCAAUUUCAAAACUCAUCAUCACAAAAAUCCUGUUCAGAAGAAUUAUACAUUUGUAAAUAUGGAUGCAAGACAUUUGGUACUUAUAAAGAACUUAUUUCACAUUUACAAUCUCAUUGUGAAAUGAAAGAUACACAGGAUGAUUUUGGUGAAAAAGAAGACAUGAAUCAUGUAGAGUCAUUAGAAGAGAAUAUGGAAAACUGUAAGGGUGAUAGUCAAGUGUUGAAGUUGUUUUUAUGUGAAUAUGGGUGUGGUACAUAUUUUACAGUUGAUGAGCUACGGCAUCACUCACUUGAAGUUCAUAACAAACCUGCAACAAUAAAGAACCAGGAAGAUAGAUUUGAUUCAAAAUCAUGUGGCAGCAAGAAUUCAAUCUUGAAAGUUAAAAGCCCUUAUAAAUGUUCAUAUUGUACAAAAGUAUUCUCGAUACGAAGCCAGCUAACAAAGCAUAUUCGAAUUCAUACAGGAGAAACCCCCCACUGUUGCCACUAUUGUGGCGCUGGCUUUGCUAAUCCAAGCAAUCUGACACGUCACAUCAGAACUCACACUGGAGAGAAACCAUAUAAUUGUCCAUCAUGUAAAAAGGCUUUUGGAAGUUCAAGUAACAUGAAGGAACACAUGAAAACACAUUCCAAACUUUCUUUAUAUAAUUGUAAAUUUUGUCCUCAGAAAUUUUCUUUGUUUCAGAGCUUUCAACAGCAUAUGAAAUGCCAUAGUAAUGUCAAUGAAUUAACUGAUGAUGAUGACAAUGAUGCAGAUAAUAAUAAUAAUAAUGAUGAUGAUGAUGGCGGCAAUGGUGGCGACGAUGAUGAUGACGAUGAGAAGCACCUUAACACACAGACUGUUAUCUAUGUAGAAGAACUAGAUAAUAUAAAUGAACAGUUAGCUGAUGAGUCUGCUAUUGUUGCUUCCAAUAUUUUGAAUUUAGAGCAGCAAAAGGAAAGUACUGAGGGAAAUUAUCAAGUGCCAACCGCAGAAAAUAUGAAUCUUCAACCGAAAGAAAUAUGUUACUUUGGAGACAUUGAAGAAGAACUUAAAAAUUUCGAUGCACCCAUUUACACACAUAAAAAACCUAACAGUUCUCGGCAUCGUAAAAGGUCAAAUAAAUCAGAAGACCAUAUAAUAAAUCUUGUAGACUUUUCAUUGUCAGACUAUGCAGGUGGCAGCAAAGAAUCUCCAACAUCAAGCAAGAGUCAGUCUCACCAAGACAGAAAGUAUAUUCGCAACGCUCCCCCAAAACGGACCCACAUCACAAAAGCACGUUCCUUACCCCCUUAUGUAUGUAAAUACUGUCAAAAACUGUUCACCAUUCGCAGUAAUUUGAUAAAACAUAUACGUACACAUACAGGUGAGAAGCCCUUCAAAUGCCACUUGUGUGAAGCAGCUUUUGCUAACCCAAGCAAUUUGACUCGACAUGUUCGUACACACACAGGUGUCAAUAAAACAACUACGAAGUACAACUGAAGUCGAUUCCAUCAAGUAUUCAUCAACUCAGCAAAUAUUUUUCUGCCGAAUAAAUGACAAACUACUACUCACAAAAAAAAAAGAAAAAAAAAAGUAAAUCGUAACAAGGGUAAUAACUCUAUAAAACCAAAAAAAAAAAAAAACCCACGCAAAUUGAAAUAAGGGAAUUUGAGUAGUCUCCCCUUGAACGGUAAUUUUUGUUUGUUUCUUCGUGGUGGUAAUUUAUAGUCUUCAAUAGAAAAAAAAAAAUGAUAUUUUUUACAUUUAAUAAAUAUUAAAUAUGAUGAGGAUGAAAAUGUGAGAGAACCUGGAGGGACACUUUCUUUGUCCUGUUUUAUAUGUACUCUUUAUAUUUGCACGUUUCGCUUUGUUUCAAUGUAAACAUGUAUUUGCAGUUCAGUCCUUGGCUAGCCAACAAUAAAUUUAAUUUAAGAAGAUAUUUUAUGUCAAUAUAA